UUUAUUCCGUGUGACUCUAUCACUGUAUCUCUGGGAUUGUCAGUAACCGCUUUAGUUACCGCCGUUAAUUAAAUCAUUAACAUUAGGAAGAAUUAGUCAGACAUGCGGAUGCGGGUUUUUGCUUUGUCGGUGGCGAUUUUGACAUGCCUAGCCUGCAUGGGGCUUGGUAACAGUCAAGCUGUAGAUACCAAACCGAGAGAUGAAUUGCAUGGCUUCGAGCAUUCACGUCAUAAAGUCAACAAAAACAUCCACCACUCUUUCCGAUCCUACUACAUGUACCUUGCCUAUUCAUACUGUUUCUCGCGUCACAAUGUGUCCCUUCCUGGUUUCGAGAGAUUAUUUCGAUCUUACUCCGACAUGGAGCUACAGAACGCUGAGAAGCUGAUGGGAUAUAUGGUCAAGAGAGGAAUGACAUUUACAUUUCACUCCAUUCAUAUCGGCAAUAAUUCUUGUUAUGACAGAGAUGAUGACGGAGAAUCUGCACGGACGUAUGUUUUGAGAGUAAUUACAGACACUCUUAAGAACCAGAAAAUGCUAUUGAGCAAUUACAUCAAAACUCAAGAAACCGCUUCCUUGCGUAAUUAUCCACACCUGAAACAUUUUAUCGAGGAUGAGUUCAUGGAGCAGAAGUACCUCAAGAUUAAAGAGAUGGCAGAUAUCAAGACUCGUCUUAGGACGCUUCUGUUGAAAAAACAAUCAGGCUUUGAACUGUUUAUGUUUGACAAGUCCUUAAUGUGAGAAUAUUGUGAUAUUUGAAUAUCUAGCUAAAUGUGCAAUAUUGAAAAUCCUUACCUUUAUUACACAAAAUCUGUUCAAAUCCAUCCUCGUCUAAUAUAUAUGAAUUUAAUUCUACCAUUAGUGUUUUGCAUGUCUACUUUUUAUGAUUAAUUGCUCUUUUAAUUAGCACAUCAAAAAUUAUCAGUUUAAAGUGAAAAUAAAUAUAAUUUUAUAAGAAAGUACAAUAUCUGUAAAGUACAUACAUUGUAAUCUAUGGGACACAAAUUCCUAUAUCAAGGUCGCUAUAUGUAGUAUUAGUAUUUACUCCCCCACAGGGAAUAACCAGACAAGGAUGUUUCAACUUGUAUUGUUUACAUAUUCAGAUCAUGAAUCCCACUUUUUAUAUCACUCUAAGGGGAAAUGUUGAUACUAAACAUAUACAAACCAUGCUUUGAGAAUUUUUGCCAAAUCCCAGUAAUUGUAUUUACCAUAUGUUAAAGACCAACUUACUAAUACAGUAUUUUGAAAAGAAACUUGAAACUAUAGAAAGAGACGGGAGUAUUGUUAGGAAAGGGAACGGAAUAGUUCAGGUUGAAGACAAUGGGAUAUACCUCUGAUAAAGAGAAACACCUUUCAAUACCAGAGUGCAAGGACAAAAAACACCUAUUCAAUAGGAACGAACAUGUUUAUUGGCUAUGGCUGAUGGUAACACAAGUACAAGUCCACAAACAAUGCAGUCUUCUAAAACAUAUUCCUUAUUAAUGUAUCAAAAUACUUAUUCAAAGUUAUACGAAAAAAGAAAGUAAUAACAUUGAAAACUAGAAAUUUCAGUCAUCAUUCCUAUUAGAUUCUAGACAAAUUGUCUAUAUCAAGUUUCCUGGCAUUAGUUUCUAUUUUCAGAAUGAAACAUAUUUAUUUUCCGUGAUUAUGGGUUACCUAAAACAGUUUUAAAGUAAAUAAAGCCUAUAAGUCAAGGCCAUUGCUCAACUAUAGUUUAAAAGUAGAAUGUUAAAAUAAUGAUGAAUGUCAAAAUAUGCAUCACUACACAACACAAUGGCACAAAAAGAUAUGAUAUACAUAUACAGUACUAUUGUAAGAUUUUAGCCUGCAACACGAAAGUACACAGAUUUGUUACGUACAACACCCUGAACAGUCUAUAUAAACAUUGCACAAUUUUGUACAAGUUUUUGAAGAAAAUGAUUCUUAUAGUUUAAACCUUUUUGUUGACUUUUAAAUAUUGUUGUGAUAUAAUGGAUAUGUCAUCCCUGACAAAUAUCAUCUAUACUAGAAAUAGCUCCUGGAUUCUUUUCUUCCACUUCUUUUUUUUCACACAUUUAACGUGAAAAUUUAACUGCACAAAAACUUGAUUUUUUUCAACAAAAUAAUUCCACAUCAAAUGAUUGUACACUAGAAAAAUUGUAUGUGUCUCAAAUUUGUUGCAUUAAUAUUGACAAUUUGUAACAAUUCGCAACAAGCAAUAAAAGUAUUUCAGAAUAACAAACAAGUCUUUAGUCUGUGUGUAACCUAAUGUACAUCUAUUUUGAUGACUGAGAAUUUCCCUGGAAACACCAGGUAAGAGAACUAUUUUUCAUAAUGUUCCAGCUAAUCUCUCUACUUGACAAAAACUCUCACAAAACCUUGAUUUCAACCUCUGACUAUUGUGUAAUGCAUAUACAUUGUAUAUGUACAUAACCUCAUAUUAUACUGCUAUCAUUUGCCUAGCAGAAUUUAUAGCAGUAUAAUACAUGUACCUUUGAAGAAGGAGUUCGGCAAUAUAGCUUAAAAGGCAUAUAAAGAAGUUAUUAAAAUACAAAUAUUAUAACACAAGUUACAUGGAGUAUGAAACUAAAGCCAUUACUAAGAAUAGUGACAUAUAUUGUCUGCCAAUCUUUCGAAAAUUAGGAACAACUUACAGUUUUCCCCAUACCGGCAGUUGUUUACAUGUACACUAUAGCAGAGAUUCUUAGAAAAUGUUCUCGUACUUACAUGUAAAAGGUGAUAUAUUUCAUCAUCUAAUUAGAAAAUAUCUAAACUUUUCAAUUCAACAUAAUUUGUUAUCAGAAGUCCAGUAAAAAAAAAGAUG